GUUCUUUUGGACCACCGAGGAGGACUGAGAAGGCGUAGCGUCCUCGCCUAGGCCCUUCCCAUUUCCCCCAGGCCUUGGUGGGGUGGGUCGGGGUGAGAUGCCCGGGUUUGGGAGAGUGGAGGGCACUUCCCUCCAUCAGCUCUCAGCCCCUCCCCCCGGGGGGGGGUUGGGUUGGCACCUGGUGAGGGCUGCGUUUACGAGGGGGUUUUGUAGAUUUUUUUUUUUAACGUUAUAGAUUUUAGAGCUUCUGGGAGACGUUAAAUCUAAUUCCUUUUUAAUGGGAAGGUGGCUUUGGGCCUCGCUAAGCGGUCGGCUUUCCGCCGUUCUUCUUCCCUGCCCUGGCCUUCUGCCAGUUACACGGCGGUGGAGCUGCGUGUACUAGGACGGGCACUGAAUUUAGCUCUCGAUGACCGGCUUCCUCGGAGUGCAGGAAGGAGCAUUAUCUAUCUCCGACACUGAUAGGGACGGGAGGGAGGGUGCUUCUGAAGGAGGCCCUAGAAGACUCACCGUAGGAGGAGAAAAGGCGGACGGUGCCUGGCUUUCCACAGCUGGAGCUGAAGGGUCUUUGCCAACCCUACGUUUCCUUUUGUCUCCAGUGAUUAGCGCAGUGACCCACACGUAACAUUUAGUAAAUUCUUCUUGACCGAGGAAAAGCGUCAGAUAAGUUCUCCGCUAUUUUGGCUCCGUACCUGAGAGCUUUCUAGAGUUACUGUUGGUACUUUUCAAGUCGGUACUUGCUAUCUAGUAGACGCCACAGUUCAAGCAGCAAUCUUCUAGGAGCUGGCAUGGUGAGGGGAAGUGUAUGAGAGCUAAGGGAACUAGUGUGUCUCAGAUGCCUGUGGCUGAGGGUAAGAGUGUCCAGCAGACCGUGGAGCUCCUGACCAGGAAGUUGGAACUGCUAGGGGCGGAGAAGCAGGGGACUUUCUGCGUGGACUGUGAGACCUAUCACACAGCAGCCUCUACCAUGGGCAGCCAAGGCCAGGCUGGGAAGCUGAUGUAUGUGAUGCACAACUCAGAAUACCCUCUAAGCUGCUUUGCCCUCUUUGAGAAUGGCCCCUGCCUCAUUGCCGACGCAAACUUUGACGUUCUCAUGGUGAAGCUCAAGGGCUUUUUCCAAAAUGCCAAAGCCAACAAGAUUGAGACCCGUGGCACUCGAUACCAGUACUGUGACUUCCUGGUGAAAGUGGGCACUGUCACCAUGGGACCCAGCGCUAGAGGCAUCUCUGUGGAGGUGGAGUAUGGCCCUUGUGUGGUGGCUAGUGACUGCUGGAAUCUGCUCUUGGAGUUCCUGCAGAGUUUCCUGGGCAGCCACAAUCCAGGGGCACCAGCAGUGUUUGGGAAUAGACACGACGGUGUAUACGGUCCUGCUGACACCAUGGCCCAAUAUAUGGAACUCUUCAACAAGAUUCGAAAACAGCAGCAGGUGCCUGUGGCUGGGAUCCGUUAGUGUUUGGGGAGCUGCAGAGUGAUUGGUGUUGCCAGGUUACUCCACAGGAGAUGAAGGUGGUUCAUCCCAGCUCCUGACCCCUGGAACUCAGAACAGAAAGGCCAGGCUUCUUGUCUUCCUCUGAACUUACAACUGUGGCUUCUAUGGGGCUUUGCACUCCCUUCACCAGCACACACACGCUUGAGAGCAUGUGUGCACGUGCGCAGACACACACACACAUCCUCUUCCCCCACACCCAUGUAAAAGUGGUCUUAAGAUGAGCCUUGUUGCUCUUGACCUAUUUUGGGGGUAAAAGAUGGAGAAAUUGGAGCUUUUCCCUCAUCUUUCAGGAAGACAGGCCAAGGGGUAGUAACCUUGCUUUGCAGCUGCCAUCAGCUUCCUGAUUACUGUGGCCUUGGCCCAUUUGGAUGGGCUGUUUUUAUGUUCUGAUCAUUCUAUAAUAAAAGCAUGUUCCUUUA